GCGACUGAGAGAGAGAGAGAGAGAGAGAGAGAGAGCGCUUUGGUUUCAUAAAAGAAACGAAAAAAGAGGGAGGCGGAGGAUUUAGGGGUUUGAUUUCAUCAGUGAGUGAAUGGUUGGAUUUAGCGAAGCGAUGGCGGAGGAAGUGAAGGCGGAGUCCUUUAUGGAUAAGAUCGAGGAGAAGAUCCACGGCCAACACGACUCGCCGCCGGCGCCGGAAGCCGUGCACCACGAGAAGAGCGGCGGCGGCGGUUCUCCGAGGUCGUUGAAGGACAAGGUCUUCAGGCUCUUCGGCAGGGAGAGGUCCGUGCAUCAUGUCUUUGGUGGCGGAAAGUUGGCUGAUAUUUUCUUGUGGAGGGAUAAGAAGCUGUCGGGAGGUAUUCUCGGUGGAGCGACGGUGAUGUGGUUUCUGUUUGAGCUGCUCGAGUACCACCUGCUCACUUUGGUCGCCCACGUCCUGAUUGUUGCGAUAGCAGCAUUCUUCUUGUGGUCCAAUGCUUUAACCAUCAUUAAAAAGUCUCCCCCCAAGAUUCCUGAGAUUCAAAUUCCUGAGAAGCCGUUUCUUCAGAUUGUAUCGGCACUUACAUUUGAGGUCAACCGGGGUCUUGUUGUCAUCAGGGAUAUAGCUUCAGGGAAGGAUUUGAAGCAGUUCCUAUCUGUGAUUGCUGGUCUAUGGGUUGUGUCUAUUUUGGGAAAAUCUUUUAACUUCUUGACCCUGGCUUACAUAGCAAUCGUAUUGCUGUUCUCAGUGCCCGUGUUCUAUGAGAAAUAUGAUCACAAGAUUGACCCACUGGCGGAGAAGGCCAUGUUUGAAAUCAAGAAGCAGUACGCUGUAUUUGAUGCAAAGGUGUUAAGUAAGAUUCCAAGAGGGGCAUUGAAGGGCAAGAAGAUGAUUUAGGCUGGUUCGGUGCAGCUGGUUCUACUUGCUGAUAUAUAUUUGGACUUUGGUAGAUGUGUUUUGCUGGGGUUUGUGAAAGUUCAUCCAUGAUCGGCUAGGAUCUUUGCUCCUUAUAUCCUCCUUCAGUCGUGUUAGAAUUUGUCGAUUUUUCCCUACUUGUUUUAUACACGAUAUUUGGGUACCAUGUUCAUGGAUGUUCUUCUAUUAGAGACCCGGUAAUCGUAUUUGUGGUAUUCAUGUUAGUACAUUUCCUAUUAAUGAGUAUCCUGUAUAUUGGGUUAA